AUGCGAUCGAUACUGUUCCUCGCGUCCUCCUUGCUGCUGGCACUGCUGCUCGUCAUCCAGGCGAACGCAGCACUUUCGCAACCCAAGCUGAGCUACGUGCUCAAGUCGGCCAAGCUCGCCCUCUCGACGGUUGACGGGUCGUCUCGUCUCUCAAAGGAGUUCUCGACACAUCCUGACUACUCGAAGAACACGGCGCCCUUUGACACCGCCAACCCAACGCAGCUGGAGAACGAUGAUGUGAUCAGGUUCACCUUCAGCCUCGGGGUGGAAGACGCGAAUGGAAAGAAGGUCGGCAGUCAGGAUGGACCUGCGCUUGGCAAGGAGCACGUGCCUCAUCAAUCUUUCAUCGUACUCGCUUUGAACAAUGGUGAGGAGGCUUCACAUGCUUGGCCCGUCGUCGUCAAGCCCAGCACUGGCAAGGUCUCGUGGAACUUGAGGAUGGACAGAAUUCCAGCGACGCUCCUUCGAGCACAAUCGCCAUUGACGCUCUCGCUGCUCAUCGCCAACUUCCCCUCGAACUCGGCUUCUGAAGGCGCCUACGCGCCGCUCUCGCUGCCUCUUGUCUCGCUCAGUCCACCAUCUAGUCUGGUCGAUGCCGCUCUCGCAUCGACUUCUUCCUCGUUGUCGGCUCGAGAGAAGGCGGAGAUCGAACAAGGCUUCCACGGUCUGCCCGAGCACAGGCACACGUUCGGCAUUCCACCUACCGAGACAAUGCCGAGCACCAAGGUCAGCGGCCUCGCCUCGCUCGUCACUGCAGUCGUGCCGUGGGUGUUCCUGGUGGGCGCACUGGGCAUCGUCAAGCCCGACAUCCAGUCGCCAUCGUCGAAAGCGCUGGUGCUGUUCGCUGCGCUGGCGGGUCUGGAGGGUCUGGCUGUAAGGUACUGGAUCGGAUUGACGCUCUUUCAGAUGCUGCCACUGCUGUUGGGCGCGGGUCUUUUCACCAUUGUUGUCGGUAGGAGCGCGCUGGUGGAGCUGAGGAAGAAGCGUCUUGCAGUGUCGUCAUAG